AUGCCAGUCGGAAUCGAGGCUUGGCUGUGGCAAGUCCCACCGAUAACGCGCGCAUGGCUUGCCCUUGCUGUCGCCACCAGUCUGGCAGUGCAAUGCCAAGUCGUGACACCUCUCCAACUCUACUUUUCAUUCAAGUCUGCAUUUACUAAUGCCCAGCCAUGGCGCAUGCUCACCACAUUCUUUUACUUUGGGCCGUUCUCACUGGAUUUUGUGUUCCACCUGUUCUUCUUCAUGCGAUAUAGUCGAAUGCUAGAAGAAUCCUCGUUCGCAAAUAAGAAGGCGGACUACUUCUGGUUACUCUUUGUUUCUUCCAUCAUGCUUCUUCUGCUCUCCCCCCUCUUCAACUUACCCUUCCUUUCCUCUUCCCUUGCCUUCGUCCCCAUCUACGUAUGGUCCCGUCGUCACCCUUCCAUUCCCAUCUCUCUCUUUGGCAUUUUCACUAUUUCGGCGCCUUACCUUCCCCUCGCGCUCGUCCUCUUUUCGUGGGUAAUUAGCGGUACUUGGAAAGCUGCCGCUGGAGAUUUAAUUGGGUGUGCGGUCGGACAUGUGGGCUGGUUCAUAAGGGACGUGUGGGCGAGGGAGAUGAUGGGCGGGAAUGGUGUGUUGGGGGAGGCUCCGGAAAUAUUGUGGGUUUUCCAUUCUCUUUGUUCUACCUUGGUUGUGGCUUUCCUUCUGUCCGUGUACUAA